UACUUACAAUGUGAGUGUGAACUGUGAACGUGGAGGAAGGAGAGGAGCAAAUUCUCCUGUGCGGGCUUCCGCACUGUGCUUACGAUGGGCCUUCACUAUUCCGUUUGGUCGUUAAAGAAAGACGCAGCCUGGCUUUGUUCCCUCCGCCAAGCGAACCCUCGAAGCGAACCACAUGUGCUCACGCCCGAUGCCUCCUUUUUUAUUUACAUUUUAAUUAUAUAAUCAUCAAUAUCAAUAUUAAUUUUAAUUAAUUAAUAUAAAAUUGAUAAAUUAGUCCCUGUUGAUAAUCACGUCGCCUGCCCAUUCUCUUUGCCGCGGCUGCUAUUGUCUUCGCCACUGCUGCUGUCGCCCACGAACGGAGGUCGCCGCUGGUUUUCCGUGAGGUAAAUUGCUCUUCAUCGUUUCGUCGUCUUUAAUGAAGUUUCUGGACUGGUAUUUGAAGAUUGGGGUUGUGUCAGCCUUGGUCGGAGCUUCUAUGGAGUUGUUCAUGAUCAAAACUGGCUUCUAUGACAAAGUAACUGUUUUGGAGUCAGAGAAGCGCGCAUGGGAGAAUUCUCCAGAAGCUCAGGCAGUCAGAGAAGCACUCAAUCCUUGGAAACAUAUUGAUGCUGAAAGAACGAAAAAAUCCUGACUCGAGGACGAAUCAUUUUUUCCUCUUUACAGAUUUUCAUGAUGAUGUAGCUGCAAGAAUAUGCAGGGGAAGAAGGAAACAAGAACAAAAGCAAAGCAUCUGUAGAGUAAACUAAUAGCAUAAGAACUAGCAAUUAUGUUAAAACUACGGUAUUGUACUGGCUAUUCCCGAGCUGAUUGAUUCUGGGCAGCCUUUGGAUGAAUCACAGCCUUCAAAUGGUUGGUUUUCAAAUCAAAUGGUGUAUUACUGUGUUACUGAUAUGUUAUUUGCAAUGGUUAAUUGGAAUGCUCAGACCAACUUUAGCUUUUCGAAA